AUGGCUACGCAACGGUAUACGGAGGCACUGACACUCUUUGGUCCGGCACCGGCUACGAUUGUGUCACCUACGAGACCUAUCACCAAGCGUUAUGAUGACAUAAAGUCUCUUGUGACGGACUUUGCUACGGCUACCAUGAACAUGGAGCUCGAGCUUCCGCAUUUUAUCGAUACGCUCGUGAAGGGGAAUUCUCCGCCUGCUGGGACUCGUGAUGGGACAUUGGGUUUUGUCCGAUCAACGUAUUUUAGUAUUCCAGCGAACCCGACCAUGCAAGCGUUACGUGAUGUCAUCGGCGGAAGACUGUACAAUAUCCGUCACGAGUUGGAUAUUGAUGGGAAUCCACGUCGUUUGCCGCUGUUCGACCCGCCUCUGGAUCCAGGACAGUUGAUAGCUGCUAGAGCGGGUGGCGCGAGUCUUGCGAGUUUGGCUGGGGGUAGGACGGAAGGACCCAUGCCGAAUUGUAGGGCCAAGUUUCUUUUGCAAAAGGCGCAGGAUUUGCGUGCCGAGUUGCGGUCACUUUCUGAGUCCUAUCUUUCUAUCAGGGAGUGGAGGGAUGCUGAGGCUAUGGCUAGACUUCGUGCGAGACAGGAGACUGGGGUGUUAUCACUUCUGAAUGAUGUUAGACAGCAUCAAGUCUUGGAAGCGACAUCAGCGCUGGGGACGUUGGCUGAGACACGCAAGUCACACAUGAUGCGGCUAGAGUACUUCCUCGCUUUGAUCGGGGAGUCAACUGAUAUGGUUCCAUCUUCCGACGGGGACUGGGUUGAUCUUGACAUUGGCAUUCGACAGCCAAAUAAGGAUGAGUUGCGGGUGAGUGCAGAGGAGUAUCUCGAGUCUGCUGCGACGGAGUGGGCGGCGUAUACGAAUAAGAUUGCUGCGGGAAUUCAGCAGAAUGCUGGAUUGCUUAUGACGUUGCCGAGUCUUGCUUUACAGGCACAGCUGAUGGGUGUUGGUAUCUCGAUGCAGAUGGAUGCGUCUAUUAUCGCCAAGGCUCUUCUUGUGGGCGCAAGUGUUAUCCAGGCUGCGACGCAGGCGAGUACGGAUAUGGCUAGUCGUGCUGCUCGAGAGGGGCAGCUUGUUCGACAACUGCAGGAACAGCGGAUGUGUAUUCUUCUUCCCCGUCUCCCCCGGCGUCCUGGAAUAGCUUGCUGA